AUGGGUGAGAACAUACAAAGAGUGUGUGCGUCUAUCUUAACAGUGAUGGUUGUAAUACUAUCACUUUCUGAUACGAAAGGUAAUAAUGAUUUGGCUAUGGCUCCAAUGUCAGAACAAGGGUUGCUUCCAAAUCCAUUGUCUUGUGUGGCUGACGCAAGAAAAAUUCCAGAUUGUGUAGAGGCAGUGAAACAAGGCAUUGUGAAAGAUAUAAAACAAGAAUGUUGCAUUAUUCUACUCGGUCUUCCCGAAGUUUGUUUUGGGAUUUUAUUUCCUAUGCGUUUCUACUACCGUAUUAUACUUAAGAUGACAUGCAAAUUAAUAGGCAUUUUUUAA